CAGGGCAACAGAGGAGCAACACCACUGCCCCAACCAUGCCAAUCAACUCAUUGUCAUGCCAUUGAUAAGACUUACGGUUUGAUAAGUUCUAGAAUGGAUCAGCUGGGUAUAUAAAGGGUGUGAGUGAUGCUCCACAGCCUGAACAAAGUCUGAUUGUCCAGGGCAGUGCUUCCCACUAUGAGCCAGCCUUCCUGAACUGUUUGGGGGAAAAUAUUGCUGCCCUUUUGUGUGUUGAGUAAGUCAAUUAACCUGACUUAGUUAUUGUAAUUAGACAAAUAUUAAAUUACAUUAGCUAGCCAGGGGAAAACCAAGAGAGGAAACAGUUUUUUCCCCUCCUAGUACCACUCUCAGGCCAUUCCGAAGUCAUGGCUGACCACAACAAGGUUUUACCGCGUCCUCUUUUCCGCCGAGAUGUAAACUGGGAUCCUUUCCGUGAGUGGACACAGCCUAGCCGCAUGAUCAUGGAGCAGGACUUUGGCCUCCCUCCUUUCCUGGAUCCAGGCGAUGUGAGCUGGAUAGACUGGGCUAGGAGGAGACUGGCAUCAUCCUCCUGGCCAGGGUACACACGCCAUCCCCUCUUCACCCCCGGCACCGCUCCCCCUGCUGCGGUGGCACCCCAGACCUCAGCCAGACUUCAGAGACAACUGUCUGGAGGAGUGUCAGAGAUCAGGACAGGACAGGACAGCUGGAGGAUCACACUGGAUGUCAAUCACUUCUCACCAGAGGAGAUAUCAAUCAAAACCAAGGGGGGCUUCCUGGAGAUUACAGGUCAACAUGAAGAAAGGGAAGACGAACAUGGAUCAGUCUCAAGGUGCUUUACAAGAAAAUACAAGCUGCCCCCUGGUGUGGACUUGCAGCACGUCAGCUCAUCUCUGUCUGGUGAAGGGGUUCUCUUGGUAGAAGCACCCCUCCCAGGCUCAACCACCACCAUCCUCCCCAGUGACAUGGUCAUCCCCAUUCAGAUCAAGCACGAGUGUGAGGGGAAAGAGUGAAUCCAGUAAUCCAUUACAAUUAGAUGUAAAGCUUGGGUUAGAGCUUUAAAGCUGAUGUCGGCGUUGGCAACUUUUGACAACAUUCUUUUGAAUUAAGCCUUGGUCAUUUAUGAUGACACACAUAGUGGCUUCUAUUGCUAUUGAAACACCAUCACUUUAUUUACUCUCACUCUAACUACACGUGUGGCAUGUUUUUCUAUGUAUUAUGUUAAAUCAUUUCCCGCAAAGACUAGCAAAACCAAGAUAAACUGAAAAAUCAAGACUGUUGAAAUGUACUUUCUCAUUUGUCAAAUGAUAGAUUAUCUGGGAGUCAACAUGACCAUGCUUAAUAAAGCUGGAACAGUUCUGCAAAGCAUACAUCUUACAUACAUUUCAACGUGAUCUAUUUCUAUGAAUUGAAUCUCCUUUGAAUCAAAGCAAUAAACAAUCCAUGGCAAAAUGA